GUCUUCCUACACGCACACGAGUGUUUUCUAACAUGAUGGAAGACAUCUGCUAUGGACAGCUUUGCUGGACCCGCUCCAGAAUCAUGUCUUAAUGCUUUUGGACGAACUCGUGGAAAGUACGCGGCUAACACGAUGGGAACUUUUUGACGCAACUUUCAUGUUUCCCCCUCCGUGGGAAUUGACGCCAAACAGCCCCCGUUUUACGACCACCUUCAACAAAUGUUUCAAAACUAGCUUGAAGAAAUGAUGAUUUUGUGGGUUCCGCUUAGUUUAUUCCUGGGUUUUAUUAUUUCAUCUCAGACGUGGAGCACCGGCAACAAAACACCCAAAGCGUCGAGCUCUCAGCCGCAUGUCGUCUUCAUCCUCGUGGAUGAUCAGGGCUUCCGGGAUGUGGGCUAUCACGGUUCUGAGAUUAAAACGCCGACACUGGACCGACUGGCUGCGCAGGGAGUGAAGCUGGAGAACUACUACGUGCAGCCACUCUGCAGCCCCACCAGGAGUCAGCUCAUGACCGGCAGGUAUCAGAUCCACACUGGCCUCCAGCACUCUAUCAUCCGACCCACCCAGCCCAACUGCCUCCCCCUGGACAAUGUCACCCUGCCCCAGAAGCUAAAGCAAGCAGGCUACUCCACCCACAUGGUGGGCAAGUGGCACCUGGGCUUCUACAAACGGGGCUGCCUCCCCACCCAACGGGGAUUCGAUAGCUUCUUUGGUUCCCUGCUGGGGAGCGGCGACUACUACAGUCACUACAAGUGCGAAGGUCCCAGCAUAUGCGGCUAUGACUUGUAUGAAGGCGAGGAGGCUGCUUGGGAACAAGAUCGCGGCUUGUACUCAACGGUGAUGUACACCCAAAAAGCUAUUGGUAUCUUAGCAAAACAUGACCCUCACAAACCGCUAUUUCUCUACUUAGCCUACCAGGCAGUCCACUCCCCCUUGCAGGUCCCCGCUAACUACCUAGAGCGCUACAAAGGUAUCGUGAACCUGCACCGGCGUAGGUAUGCUGCCAUGGUUUCCUGUCUGGACGAAGCUGUCCGCAACCUUACUUUAGCGCUAAAGCGCUAUCGUUACUAUGACAACACCAUUAUUGUGUACUCCUCUGAUAAUGGGGGGCAACCAUUAGCGGGUGGUAGCAACUGGCCCCUCAGGGGGAGUAAGGCCACACUCUGGGAGGGCGGCAUCAGGGCAGUGGGGUUUGUUCACAGCCCGCUUUUGGUGAAUAAGGGGACAAAAUGUCGCUCUUUGGUGCAUAUCACCGACUGGUUUCCCACAUUGGUAACCCUAGGGGAAGGGACUCUGGAUGAGGAUCUGAACCUUGACGGAUACGAUGUCUGGGAGGCUAUCAGCGAAGGACUACCAUCUCCACGUCAGGACAUUCUUCACAAUAUAGAUCCAAUCUAUAUUAAGGCCAAAAAUGGGUCUUGGAAAGCUGGGUUCGGGUUGUGGAACACUGCUAUCCAGGCGGCGCUCCGGGUUGGCCAUUGGAAGCUGAUAACGGGCGUCCCCGGGUAUAGCGACUGGGUACCUCCGCAGACCUUCUCCACCCAGAGACUCACCAUCCGCUGGCACAAUGAACGAAUCCGCUGGGACCGCGGCAAGUCCCUGUGGCUGUUCAACAUCACCUCCGACCCUUAUGAACGAGUCGACCUUUCCGGGAAUUACCCACAUAUCGUGAAGAAGAUGCUAAUGCGGCUGGCGCAAUACAACAAGACCGCUGUCCGGGUUCGGUACCCAGCUAAAGACCUCCGAUCGAACCCGCAGUACAACGGCGGCGUGUGGGGGCCGUGGUACAAAGAAGAGCAAGCAGAGGAGGACAAUAACAAUCUUUUCAGCAACCAUCUUCGCGGGUGGAAAAAUCGGCCAAAUAGCAAAAAAAUGCUAAUAAAUGUGAAAACAUAGCUUGGCAUAUUUUUUGUGUCAAAGUUUCUCAGGGAUUGACAUUUUUUUAUUUCGGGGGUAGGUGAAAAAUUUGAAUUAAGUACUAUUAAGGACCGUGUGCUGUAGGUUUAUUACCCACCCCUGAUUUUGACUCAGUAACCCUGCAAAAUCCUGAAAAAACCAUCACUGUCCAGGGAAAACAAUGUAUGUUUUUUCAUAAAAAAUUAACCGUAAACAGAUCGCUCCUUCUGGUUCAAGGCGAGGAAAGUGUAAGAGCUGUUCCUGUUCCUGUCAGGAUGUAAACAAUAGGUGGCGACUGUUAUGCUCGUUGUGGGUUUUUUUCGCUCCUUUCAGAGAUAUGCAGUCAUCCCUCGCUGUGUCGCGAUUAAAACAUCACUCCCUCUAUUGCGGCUUUUCCAAAAUGAAUGAAUUCAUUUAUAACCACUGUUUCGUGGUUGACUAUGGACUGUAAUUAUUUAAAAAUACUGAAAGACAAGUUAUAUUUCUGGUGAAAUUCUGGCGUAUAAGCCGCUACUUAUUUCUUAAACUUUGAAACCUGCGGCUUAUACAGUGGUGCGGCUAAUUUAUGGCUAAAUUCGAAUCUUGCGACAUCUCAACACUAAACUCGUCACACAGCAAUUAAACACUCACAAGAUAUACCUCAGAAAUAUACAAACAUGUACCAAUACAAGUUUGAAAUGAAAAAAGCUCUUUUAAACUCAUAUUGGUGCAUGUACGCUCCUGAAGCAUACCUUUUGAGUGUUAGGUUGCUGUGGGAUAAGGUUAAUGUUGUUUAUAAGAUGACAGUCAGACUGUUGUAUUGACAUGUGCACGCUACAGUAUGCAAUUUCAUGACGUAGACACAUGCGGCUUAUAUGCCGAUGUGGCUUAUAUACAGUAUGUACAAAUCUGUUUUUUCCUGUAAAUUUAGUGGGUGUGGCUUACACAGCAGAAUUUACGGUAGUCAGCCAAGGCAUGUCCGACAUGACAGAGUAAAAAAAAAGUUUUGCAAGUUUUUGGCUUCUUACUCUAUCCUUCAUUUGAAACCCUUUCUUAAGUUUAUAAUAAAUAAAUUGGGGGCUAACUAGUUAGCUUGGUAGCAUGCUAUUUUUGUGUGCCUGCAAUGAGCCUAUCGCCUGCGCAUUAUAGCUGAGCAAUGUGUUGUAAACAAAGAAUAAUAGCGGGGGAAAGGUGACUAUAAGGAUGUUAUUAUAUCAUGUCUAAAGGGCUCUAAUAAUGAUAAAAUCACUUUUACAAAGUCAUAAACAGGUUUUCUAUGUACUAACUACGAAAAUGUUCCAUUUAGUAAUCUUGAAUCUUACUUUGCGGAAAUUCACUUAUCACAGUCGGAUCUGGAACCAAUUAACGAGGGAUGACUGUAUGACUUCUUCAAGACAAAUUAUUCUAUGUAACUUCCUGUGACAAAAUGACACAUUUGAGCAUUUGAAUGGUAGCAACUCUCAAGUUGUGAGUUUCUGCUAACAAAGCUGCAUUUAAAAUAGAAACCCUGCAGCACAGCUUGUGUGAGAAACCGACACAUUUGAGCUGUUCCUCUUCCUGUCACCUUGUAGACAAUAGGUAGCGACUCUUGAGCCUGUUGUGUAUUUUUUCUGUGUGUUUCGUAUGCACACCAUCAUAAGACAACAUGCUGCUACAUUUAUUUGGAUUACGCUGAAGUUUUUUUGAGUUUGUAACUGAAAUUCAGGUGCCAGCUUGAGCCGAAAGAUGGAGGUUUUUGUACGCAGAGCACAGCUCACAGUUUUCUUUGGAUAGCAUUUAAAUUUGUUUGUAAACAUACUUGAAAUCUCAACAUGGACGAAAAUGAUAACUCUGCAAGGUUUAUGAAGACACCUACAGUUUUAAUUGAAUUGUAUGAAAGUUUUGGGUGUUUGGAACCAAAUUUGAGAUCUUAAAAUGGACCAAGAGUGGCAUGGCUGCAAAUUUGAUGAUAUCACAACAUUUUUUGUGCAUGGAACACAGCACACAAUUUGAUUUGGAUUAUGGUCAAAUGUUGUGUGUUCGUAACAGCACUGGAGAUCUCAGCAUGAGCACAAAUGGCAUGUCUGUCUCAAGUUUGAUGAUAUUUUUUGUGCACGGCAAACAGCUCACAUUUUUUUUUGGAUUGCCUUCAAAUUUGGUGCUUUUGUAUUUCCAAUGUAUUUUCCAAUGUGGAAACAAGGACCAAAAAUGCUAGCUCUGCAAGUUUUUCUGUGAGCGGAACACAGACAACCACACGGCAAUGACAAAAUACUACUGUAAUAUCCCAACACAUCCAGUGACCUCGUAGACUUUCUAAUUUUUCUAUAUGUUUUAGCAGGUUAUAGAUUUUUUUAAUAUAGAUUAAUGUUUAUUGUUGAAAAUUGUACAACAUAACUAUAAAUGGUAACGAAAAUGAAGAUCAGAUGUGGUAAUUGCAACAUUACAUUUUCAAUAGCAAAGGAAAUAAACGAUGCAUUGUGUGUCUUCAGUCAGAGUGAUCAUUUUGUUGUUAUCUUACGUUAUCAUAUCCUAUUAUUACUUGAGUCACUACGAGGUUUGAGAGCCGACACUAUGUCAUCAGUGUUUGUGGUUAACUUUGGGAGGGUACAAGCGCAGAAAGAGCAAGCGGGCUAGGAUAGACCACUAGGGCCACCACCCAGAGCCCACAGCAAUGAAAGGGGACCCCGAGUUGAGCAACCAAUAUCACGGAGGAACCCGCAGCCCCAAUUCUGUGAUGCCAUCGAUCCAUCCGUCCAUCCAUCUUCUACCGCUUAUCCGAGAUCGGGUCGCUGGGGCAGCAGCCUAAGCAGGGAGGCCUAGACUUCCCUCUCUCUGGCCGCUUCCUCCAGCUCCUCCCGGCAGAU